CAUGUAUGCAUGUAUAUAUGUAUGUAUGUAUGAAUGUAUGUACGUAUGUAUGUAUGUAUGUAUGUAUGUGUGUGUAAAUUUAUGGUUUAAAAAAAGAUUACGAGAUAUGAUGAAAUAGCAAGUUGACAAUUUUAUUUAAAAAAAAAAAAAAAAAAAAAAAAAAAAAAAAAAAAAAAAAAAAAAAAAAAAAAAAGCGUUUCGAAAUGUAAUUAGUAGUAGGAGCGAUAAAAAUGAGAAGUAAAUUAUGAGACGUUUGUGAAAGGAUUUUUAAAAUAAGCUAGGACGUUCAUUUAUGUGCAUGUAAUGACGAAGAGCUUCGUAAUUACAAAUAAUUUAAAACAAAAAAAAAAAAAGGGAAAUAGAAGUAAACAGAAAAGUUGUCUGAACGUAUCUCGUGUAACUUGAAAUUAUAAGAAAGGAUAGCUCAUUUUCUCUCUCUCUCUCUCUUUCUCUCUUAUUUUUCCUUGAAGAAAAUUUUUCAAGUUUAAUAAUUAAAAAGCUCUUAUGAAUAUUUCAAAAGUCUAUCCCCUCGUAAUUAGAAUUUUUGUGUGAAUUCGUUUUUUAAGUUGUGAAAAGAGUAAUUCCGGUGCCUCUUUAAUGGUAGUAUUUCUUUGAAUAAUAAAAUAAAAGAAAUAAAGAGAAGGACAAAUCAAGAUACGAAUAAUGUAUUAUAAUUUUUAAAAGGCAUCUACAUAUGUGCUUUUAAUUUAGGAUUCAUUCGAUUUGAUAUUAUUAUUAUUAGAAAAAUAUAAGAAAAAUGUUUCAUAUUUUUCAUAAGUUUAUUAUUUCUUUGUAAAAACGGAUAAUUAUUCAGCCGGCGUUAAACAAAAAGAAACAAGUUAUUGCAUUCUCCGGUAUCGACGUUUUAACGAUCACUUGGAAAAGUUAAUUUAACAUUUAACGACAAAGUUUUUUUUCUUUUUUUCCUUUCUUUUUUUUUUUUUUUUUUGAACGAGAAUAGAUGACGUUAGAACGCACACAGAGCUUUUUGCUUUCGCUUGAUGCGUACAACGGCGUAGAUUGUAAAGGAUAUUUAUUUUCUAAUUAGAUUUAAUAUGCUCGCACUAUUGCUCUUAAAAAGCGUUAACUCAUUCGGAGAUAUAUGAAUAUCUAGGAUGGCCUUUAAUGCCCAAUUGAAUGAAUUAUCAUGAAGUAACGGUGUACGUGCUUAAUUCAAUUUAUAUAUUCGAUCCAAACUUCGUUAAUGAGACUAUCGAAAGUAAUCUGAUUGUGAAUGCUAGUGCAUCUUGUGAAUCUAGUGGAAAGAGACAAUUUCGUGUAGAAUAAAGUGCACGGUAAAUUUAACAUCUUCGGAAACGUUGAAAGAGGUAAGCCAGACUCUAAACCAGAGGUUAACAUUUUUCAAAUAUGUCAGAGCGAUGAAAAAAAAAGGAGAAAAAUUUUACGCCAGGCAACUUCGACAUCAAGGAAAUCGAGGAAAGAUUCUGUUUACGGAUGAUCGCCGAAGAACGUGGAAAAACUUUUUUACGUUCCAAAAAUAUCACAAAAUUGACAUGUUGGCUGACGACAUCGAAGAAAGACACACGAGGGACUCCACCAAUAUAUAUACUUCAUUCGAGAAGAAGACGUAAGCGUCGAGAUAAACGUUGGUUGGCUCACUUACUUUUUUGAUCUGUAAGGUUGCCCUUCGGCAAUGUUCCGGGUUAUGUGUAAUAUCUCGAAAUUUGCAAGAAUAAUUUAUUCUAACGACUACUUAUCUACUUGUUAAGAAGGAUAUUUAAAAAAAGAAAUAAUAAAAAAAGAAAAGGGGAAAAAAAGAAAAAAAAAGGCAAGGAAGACAGAAUUAAUAUCGUAAGAAAAAUGAAUCGUUUACAAGUGUUCGUUCUCGUGUGUUUCCUAUUUUCUGUGCCAUUUUUGACGGACACCACGGAUGAAUCGGAAUACAUUUCGAUAACGGAAAGUUUAAAUUUUGUGAGUGUGAACAAUUGCACAAAUAUUGCUUGCAUACCGGACGAAGAAUACCUUGAGAUUAUGUACGAAGAUAUAUUUCCGAACUUCACCGAUUGGGUCAUGAUAACUCUGCAUAGUAUCAUUUUCAUCACUGGCCUAGUUGGUAAUUCUCUGGUUUGUUUGGCGGUUUGUCGGAAUCACUCAAUGAAGACAGUUACUAAUUAUUUCAUCGUCAAUCUCGCUGUGGCUGAUCUUCUGGUUAUUCUAAUAUGCUUGCCGUCUAGCGUACUUUGGGAUGUAACGGAGACAUGGUUCCUUGGUUGGGGACUUUGCAAAGCUAUACCGUAUCUUCAGACCGUCUCGGUGAGCGUCAGCGUUUUAACAUUGACAUGUAUAUCGAUAGACCGAUGGUAUGCCAUUUGUUAUCCCUUGAGAUUCAGAUCGACUACUAGAUGGGCAAAAACAGCAAUUGCUGUUAUCUGGACGGUAUCUUUUCUUUUUGAUAUUCCAGAUAUAUUAGUUCUCCACACGGUACCAUCCGAAAGUAAAGUAAAAACGAUACUCUAUACUCAAUGCAAAUCUUCUUUAAGUCAUGAAAAACAAACUAUAUUUUGGGCCAUAAAGUUAACCUUUUUAUAUGUCGUUCCAUUAAUUUUCAUGACUUUAACUUAUUGGCAAAUAGUACAUGUUCUUUGGCGUAGCGAUAUUCCUGGACAUAACCUUACUAGCAGAGCUUGUCAAAUAGGUGAGAUACGUUCCACCGGUGCUGGAAAUCCUGAGGGUCAAUUGAGAUCUCGACGAAAAGCAGCAAAGAUGUUGAUAGCCAUAGUUGUCACAUUCGCCAUUUGUUAUUUUCCAGUGCAUCUUCUCUCGAUCUUAAAAUACAUCAUACUUUUACCGUCCGGUGAAUGGUCGAUUAAAGUGAGCUUGUUCGCUCAUUGGCUUUGUUACGUCAACAGCGCAGUGAAUCCCUUGAUUUACAAUUUUAUGAGCGGUAAGUUCCGGCACGAAUUUCGGCGUACUUUUCGAGAUUGUACUCCUACGAGCAAUGCGAAUGGUCGCCAUGCGACCCAUCGGCUCAGCAACUACGCUUACAGAAUGGGUAAUGGCUACCAUUCUACGCUCCGAUGUUGUCGUGAUCCUUUUGUGUCCUCUGUAAAACGGCCAUCCUGUGCAAAGAAAUCCAUAGACAUCACGAUGGAAACAAAUCUCGGUGGAACGGAUCACAAAACAGCAAUGAACAAUUCCAGCCGUGAAGUCGAUUAUGCUUAGAGGGUAAAUUUCGGAGACAAUUCAAACGCGCCUUUCCUUGCUUCAAGAAACGCAAAAAUCGAGCAAGAA